UCAUCAGAUUAGAUAAAGAGGGCUGGGUUCUGUUAGGAAGAUCUAAAACGCUCACCUUCAUUUUAUACGUUCGUUUCACGUGGAUGGACUGAUAUAAAAAAAGUUUGCAAAUAUGGUGUCCUUGCAGACUAUUGCGAGUAUAGUGAUUAAAGUGCUAAAAUUGGUCCUCAACCUCAUUAUUUUAAUCCUGUACCGUACAGGAUAUGGUGGUGAGUUUUUAGGUGUUGGUGGAACGUGGAAUUUAAAUGAAGACAAGAAUCCUGAUGCUGAGAUCGUCGCUUCCGGCGUUUUCGUCGGAUUCUUCGUAUAUACGACCGUCGUACUCAUCAGCUACUGUUUUGGAAAUACCGAUCACAAGAGAUCUCUCGUCGAAAUCAUUAUGAAUUUUGUGGGAACUUUCAUGUUUGUGGCUGUGGGUGGAACGGCUUUACAUUACUGGCAUGGUUAUCAAUCUGAGCAUAAAUAUAUGUAUGACUCGUCAGAAAGACAGAUCGGUUUAGCUGUGGGCUCAUUGUGUGUUUUGGAAGGUGCGACGUAUUUGUUGGAUUUGAUACUGAGCUUCAUUUAUUACGCUAAGGACGAAUUUAAUUAACUAGUAGAAAGAGUAUUGCAAUAUGAUAGACAUUGACAAUAUUUACAAAGAACUAUCAUUUCAUUUUAUAAAAGUUCACUCACAUCAUAGCGGUUAUAUAAGUACAUAAACAUAAAAAUUUCAUUGAAGGAUCGCGGUUAGACAUUUUUAGUAUUUCAAAAUAUAUAAUUAGUCACAUUAAUCAUGACUAAUCUUGUUAUUUUUAUUUUAGAAAGAGAUAAAAUCUUCUCUACAUUUUUAUACCAAUGCAUAUAUUUAUUCAUAAAAAUGUUUUUUCAUGUUAAAACGUUCAUAUAAGAUACAAUAAAGUAUAUAAUGAGACAAUAGUAAUGUAUAGAUAGUAAUAAGUGGUAAUAUAUAGAAAUAUUAUAUAAUAUGAAAUAUCUUAAAGUAUAUUCUUUAGUACAUAGUUUAGUACGAUAUUCUUCGUUAAUGCUAUUUUAUGCGUUAUAAAUAAUGUCUAUAAUAUAUAGAAUGAUUAUAAUAAUUGGGCUACGUUAUAGUUCUGUUUCAAUUAAAGUGAAAAAUAUUUCACGCAGUUUAGUGAGCUCUAUCCUCCUGUGAAACGAUUUUUUUCGCAAGAAUGCAUUGAUGCACUAGCAAAAAAGUAAAUCGUAUCGCAGUGGAACAGAGCUCAUAUAACAACAUGCCAAAUCUUUCCUUAAUAUAUUUUUUUAUUAGCUAUAACUCGGCUCAGUUACAAGAAACACUCUGCACCCUGCACUUAUAUAUUAAGAAUAUAAUUAUGUCAUAUCUGUCAUAAAUAAAUCGGCAUUUCUACCGUCGUGUUCAUGGUGUUA